AUGUCUUCAGUCCGCCCUUUGUUCGUGGUCGCUGGUAUUGGUAAUGGCACUGGGACCGGAGCUGCAACCGCCCGUCUUUUCGCCAAAUCUGGUUACAGAGUCGCUCUGAUCUCCCGAGGACCAGAUUACCUCAAUAAACUCGCUACAGAGAUCAACCAAGCAGGUGGAGAGGCUGCACCGUUCCCUCUCAAAGACUACACUACCGCAUCCAUCAAGUCCGCAUUUGCUUCUCUCAAAUCUCACUGGCCAUCCUCCCCUCUCCGCGUUGCAGUCUUCAACGCUGGCUAUGGUGUCUGGAAGCCAUUCCUUAACAUCACAGAAGAUGAAGUUCGUGAGUCGAUCGACACUAACAUUUUAGCGGCUUUUGCCUUUGCACGCGAGACCCUUCUCGAGUUCACAAAGCUCGAUUUUGAGACCGCAGACGAGGGCGGAGUUGCUGGCGAUGCUCGUAAAAGGGGUACCCUCAUUUUCACUGGCGCAACGGCUUCCAUCCGAGGCAACACUCUGACCUCUGCGUUUUCUGCGAGCAAGUUUGGCAUACGGGCUUUGUCACAGAGCUUAGCUAAGGAGUUCGACAAGCAGAAUAUACAUGUUGCUCAUAGCAUUAUCGACGGCGGCAUCCUCACUGACCGCACCAAGUCUCAUCGCAACGACCCCUCUUGGGAGGCUAAUCAGGAUGCUCGACUUGAUCCUGAAUCUAUCGCAAAGUCUUACUUGUACCUUGUCAAGCAAGAUAGUUCAGCAUGGACUUGGGAAAUUGACCUGCGUCCUGCUCACGAAAAGUGGUGAGCAACUCGAUCAGCAAGGUUUGGUCUGGAGUCAAAGCGCAAUCAGAAAUCAUUGGAUCUGUAAAUCUUGCUAUGUAGUUAUAUUGCUGGUGUAUGUGUGCGCUCUGUUUUCAUUUGUCACAUUCCGUUGUUCUUUUGCUCCUCGAAAGCAUCUUUCACCUGUAGUCAAAUAUGUCGUAGUAAUCAUCGGGCUAGGCAUAGACUUCAUCUUACCUGCUGCAGAAAUCUACCGUCCGUGAUCACGCGCAUGCCAACGUGAGCGAGAGCCUUCGAGACAGUGAGAGAUGCAUCAUGAGCAGCCUGCGAACGUGCCGAGU